GAAGGAGCCUCCUCGCUUUCUUUCUCGCGUGUUCCCCCUCGCGUACGCCCGCCGACUCGGCGGCCGUUCCCUUCUUCGUGACGACGGCGGCGCCCGACGAGCUCCGCAGUCCCGCUGUCGCCGAGCCGACGGCAAGACGCGGACCCGUAAGCCCCCCGGAAGCGGCGAUGCUCGCGCUCUUCCUCCAUCUCCUCCUGGCACUGGUCGUGGGCGCGAAGCCCGAGGACUGCCCCGCGAGGUGCACCUGCGCGCCCAAUUGGACCGUCCGAUGCGUAUUCCAGGAGCUCGACAGAGUGCCUAUCGUGGGGCCCAACACCACCGUUCUAGACCUCCGCUUCAAUAAUAUCGUCGACGUCUAUCCCGGCAACCUGCGUAACCUGAAACAUCUGCACACACUGAUGCUCAAUGACAAUCGCAUUCGUCGCUUAUACGCGUCCACGUUUUCCGGCACACCGAAUCUCCGUUACCUGUACCUCUACAAGAAUAACAUCCAAUCCAUUCAGAGCGGUACAUUCAGCAAUUUGCCGCGGCUCGAGCAGCUUUAUUUACACGGGAAUGAGCUGCGGGAUAUCCCCCCGGGCAGUUUCAGCAAUCUCCCGAGGCUGGAGCGCCUCUACUUGCAGAAUAAUCGAUUAGAGAAGCUGCCGGCUGAUGCAUUCAAGAAUGUUGGUCCCAUGACGAAGCUGAGACUCGAUAGUAAUGCGCUCGUAUGCGACUGCAAAAUAUUGUGGCUCGUCGAGAUGAUGAAGAACAAGAUGGAGAUGGCGGCCGUGUGUCAAGCGCCGAACGAGAUGAAAGGCAAGAAGCUCGAUGAAAUGACAGCCGCUGACUUCCAUUGCAGCGAGCCGGUAAUAAUGGAGGGCCCGAAGGAUGUGGAGGUGAAUAUCGGGCAAACGGCGAUAUUCCGCUGCCGAGCAUCCGGGGAUCCCCAACCGAACAUCAAGUGGAUGCGCGAUUCGAACGAGAUUCCAAGCGACGAUGAGCGCUAUGCUUUUAUGGAGGACGGCAGCCUCGUCAUCAACGACAUCACCGAGAACGAUGCCGGGGACUACGAGUGCGUCGCCCAUAACGACAUGGGCUACACCAAGUCGAGGGUGGCGAGGACAUUCGUGGCCAUCGCCGAGACUCCAAUUUUCAUCGAGACUCCGAGGUCGCAGACGGUCCACUCGGGCAUGGACGUGGUGCUGGUGUGUCGGGCCGAAGGUCAGCCGUCGACGCGAAUUGAGUGGUGGCGUAAUGGCUCGAGGCUAAGAGCACACGGACGUCUCCACCUCGAGGACGGUGGCAGCAGUCUCAAGAUCCUUGCGGUUAAGGAGAGCGACUCGGCACGCUACGUGUGUCAGGCUCACGGAUCCGCGGGUCUCGCCGAGGUCAGCGCCGACCUCAAUGUCAUCGACGCCGAGUACAAGCCUCCGCGGCUCAUAUUCGAGCCCCAGGACAUGGAGGUCGAGCCCAACUCGAUAAUCGAGCUGCCGUGCAGAGCCGAGGGAAAACCCGCGCCAAAAAUCCUCUGGCGCAAGGAUGGGAGCACACUUGAAGGAAACAGGAAGAGGAUCUCGAAACACGGCAGCCUCUACCUCUACAACAUCACCGCGCUCGACACCGGCAGGUACGAGUGCACGGCGGUGAACGAGCACGGGCGCGUCUCAGCAGGGGCGUUGGUGCGCGUGCGUCAGAUCGGGGCGAGCAACGCCCUCGUGCUCAGCGCCUUCUCCGAGGCGAGGCUCGAGAUCGACCGGGCCAUCAACAACACCCUCGAGGAGCUCCUCGAGCCCGGCGCCAGGCUCAACCCCUUCCGGCUCUCACGAUUCCCGGACGCAGUUGCGAGGCGCGUCGCCAGGCCCGCCGAGCUCUUCGAGCGCGCCCUCGUCCACGUAAGGCGGCUCGUUGACUCCGGGCGCUACGCCAACAUCACCGAAGAUUUCCACUACGAGGAGAUACUGAGCGCCGAGCAGGUCGCAAAUCUGGAGCAACUCGCUGGCUGCACGUCGCAUCAGCGCAACACUCAGUGCCUCAAUACGUGUUUCCAUAGCCGAUACCGCACUCUCUCUGGCAAAUGCAACAACCUGGCAAACCCGAUCUGGGGCUCGUCUUACACGAGCUUCCGACGCAUACUGAAGCCGAUGUACGAAAAUGGCUUCUCGCAACCCAUCGGCUGGGACAAGACUCGCCGUUACUACGGGUACCCCAAACCCGCGGCCAGACUCAUAUCCACGAGCAUCAUCGGCACGGAGGACGUCAGUCCCGACAGCAGUAUCACUCACAUGGUCAUGCAGUGGGGCCAGUGGAUCGAUCACGACUUCGACCACGCCCUGCCCGCUGUAUCCAGCGAGUCCUGGGGCGGCAUCAACUGCAAAAAGUCCUGCGAUAAUCGUGCCCCGUGCUUCCCGAUGGAGGUGCCACCGAAUGACCCGCGGAUCAAGAACCGACGGUGUAUCGACUUCCUUCGCACUAGUGCCGUAUGCGGCUCGGGAAUGACGAGCAUCCUCCUCGGCAAACUGACACCCCGGGAGCAAAUAAAUCAGCUUACGAGCUACCUGGACGCCUCGCAAGUCUACGGCUACGACGACAAGAGCGCCCGUGAGCUCCGCGACUUCAACGACGACCAGGGACUGCUCAAGGAGGGCCCGGUAUUCCCGGGGCGCAAAGCCCUCCUGCCCUACGCCAACGACCAUUUCAUCGACUGUCGACGCAACUUUACCGAGAGCGCCAUCAACUGCUUCCUCGCGGGCGACUUUCGGGUCAACGAGCAGAUCGGCCUCACGGCCAUGCACACCAUCUGGAUGAGGGAACACAACCGUAUUGCCAAGCGGCUACGCCUCAUAAAUCCACACUGGAGUGGGGAAAAAGUGUAUCAGGAGGCGCGCAAGAUCGUGGGUGCAGAGAUGCAAGUAAUUACUUAUCGUGACUGGAUACCUCUAAUACUUGGAGGCAAUACCGAUGAAUUGUUCGGUACUUACCAAGGCUAUGACAAAAAUCUGGACGGCAGUAUUUCAAACAUUUUUGCAACCGCUGCUUUGCGCUUUGGCCAUUCGUUAAUUCAGCCAAAAUUGGAACGAUUGGAUGAAAAUCUUCAAUCGAUACCACAAGGCCCAUUAUACUUAAGAGAUGCAUUCUUUGUACCUUGGCGAUUGGUGGAAGAGGGUGGAGUUGAUCCACUAUUGAGGGGAAUGUUUGUUACACCGGCAAAACUGAAAAAACCCGAACAAAAUUUAAAUCUCGAGCUUACCGAACAGUUAUUCCACGUCGCACACGCAGUGGCUCUCGAUUUGGCUGCUAUGAAUAUUCAAAGAGGAAGAGAUCACGCUAUCCCUCCAUACAUUGAUUGGAGAAGAUAUUGCAAUAUGUCGGAAAUUGAAACUUUUGAUGAUCUCGCUAAUGAAAUUAGUAGUCCCGGAGUUAGACAAAAACUUAGAGAAUUAUACGGUCAUCCAGGAAAUAUUGAUGCAUGGGUUGGUGGGAUACUCGAAGAUCAACUUCCCAAUGCUAAAGUUGGACCACUUUUUAAGUGUCUGCUUGCUGAACAAUUCAAAAGAAUGCGAGAUAGCGACAGAUUUUGGUACGAAAAUCCUUCCACCUUUCAAUCGGAGCAGCUUGAACAAAUUGAAAAGACAAGUUUGGCAAGAAUUCUUUGUGAUAAUGGUGAUAAUAUUACAAGAGUUCAAAAAAAUGUUUUCCUGCUACCAGAAAUUGACAAUGACUUUGUUUCCUGCGAAGAGAUUCCAUCGAUUGAUCUACAAUCAUGGUCAACAUGCUGCGAAGAAUGUAUUGAACAACAUAAUCAAAAUAAUACUAUCUCAAGGUCACGGAGAAGUGCUUCAAAAUAUUUGGCUUCCAUGAAUCAAUACAAGAUGGGGGGAAAAAAUCAAGGUAGGCGCAGUGAAACAAUCCAAUAUUUUGAAGAAUUAUUAAGCGACGCUAAUCAAGAAUAUAGUAGAGUUAAUGAAGUGUUGAGUGAUUUGAGCGAUCAAAUUGCAGAAAUAAAAUUGAUGCUUCACGAUCUGAAAAAUUCUCCUUACAAUUAAAAUUACACUUUAUUGUUUCUCACUUCACUUGUGAAUGUUAUUUACUAUACGUCACUUUAUUGUAAACA